AAAAAAUUCACUUUGCGUGGACCACACUGCACAGGCAAAACAGGAGGACCUAACAAACGUAAAUAUAAAGUAACGGGGCAUUUUUACUCCCAGUUUAUAGUUAUCCGUAAUCAGAAUGAUCAUCGUAAUCGAGGAUAAGGAGGCGUUUGACAAGGCGCUGUCGGACGCCGGCGAUAAGCUGGUGGUGGUGGACUUCACAGCAACAUGGUGCGGGCCCUGCCAGAGCAUCGCCCCCUUCUACAAAGCGCUCUCUGAAAACCCAGACAAUAAAAAUGUGGUGUUUCUGAAGGUCGACGUGGACGAUGCACAGGAUGUGGCCAGCUUCUGUGACAUCAAGUGCAUGCCUACAUUCCACUUCUACAAAAACGGCAAAAAGGUGGACGAUUUCUCCGGCUCGAAUCAGGCCAAGCUAGAGGAGAUGGUGAACACCCAUAAAUGAGCCCGCGCCUCAGCGCCUGUACAAAGAAGUCCUCCACUUCAUAGAGAAAUAUUUUACAAUUUUUCAAAACAGUCAGUUCUUUUUGAAGGAAUAGAUAUGUGACAUGUGUAAUAAACAUUUUUGUUCAUUCAGA